GGGGUUUAAUGUGAAUAUCUUAAUACAAAGCCCUAUUGGGAAGAAUAAGUUUUGGGGAGAUUGGAAAUGUGAUGGGUUUCCUUACACUUAAAAGAAGCAUAAAAUAAUGUCUUAAGGUGCCUUACAAUGGUAUGCACUUGUUUAUAGAUUGGUUGUGAAACAGUAAAAUGGGAAUUGGGACUAGUUUGAAAGGAGAUUAUAUUGAUGGAAAUUGGCAGCUUAUUCAGACAGGUUGGGGUUAGGUCAUUCAGUUUUUGAUUGGGAGCUGUGUAAGCUGAGAAUAUGCCACAUUUCCAUCUCAGAAAAAUUAUUUAACCUAUAAUUAGCAUUCUUUAACCUCAGGUUUUACUGCAUUUUACAUGCAGAUUGAGAUUUUGGCAUAUUUGAAGGGCUCUAGAAUAUUUUAAUAUUUACUUGAAAAGCAGAAUGUUUUAAAUCUCUUGAUUGCUAAAAGUUAAAAAUCAAGGAUCGGUUUGCCAUGACAUCCUCAUAGAUUUUUAAUUGAUGUUACAUACAGCCUGUCCUUUCAUUAAUAGACCUUUAAAUUCACUGAAGGUUUUAACAGUAAACAGUUUGCCAAACAAUCCCUUUUUACAGUCCUCCUGUCAAAUGCCCCAAAAAAGUUGCCUGCUAGAUGUGCAUUGAGAGAAAGACCUUUGAAGGAAGGGGUGCAGGAAGGAAAUUGGAAUCAGUCUCGGUUCAAGGGCUGGAAGUGCCAAUUUUGGACCUACUCCAGUGGGAUUUAGGUCUCAAAAAAAAGCAUAAUUUGUUCAUGAAGCUGCUUAAGUAGAUGUGAUUGGUACUCUGGGAAUAGGGAUAUGGGGCAUGUGAAUAUGUUGCUUAUAUAAUAAAAGCUUUAAAGUGUAUGUCCAGAAGGAAAAAUAAGCCAUCCCAGAAAAAGAAAUUGCACAACAAUCUUAGGAACACAGAAGGCAUCUGCGGAGGUAUUCAAAUGAUCACUUGGUGUGAACAAGUCUGUUGGGUGAAUGAAAGUAAAUCUAGAAAAGUCGCAAGAUGAGAUUUUACAAUCUGUCCUGAGGAUUUUUACAUAAAUGUUUCUGAAGAUUUUGAAAGAGUUGAAGAGAUCAAAGGUCUACUGGCUCCGAAUGGCUGCAACCGCCAGUGCUGGGGCAGACUGGACCCAGGAGCUGCUGCUUGGUAUCUCCUACGAGUGGCAAGGGCUGGAGCAGUUGGGCCUUCCACUGCUUUCCCAGACCAUUAGCAGGGAAAUGGAUCAGAAGCAGAGGAGCUGGCACAUGAACCAUUGCCCAUUUGGAAUGGAAGCUUUGCCUACUACACCACAAUGCCAGCCCCUAGACUAAUACUCCUGUAUGUAAUAGUGUCAUCAUGGUUUAAUUCAUUUGGGAGACAUAAUUAUGGUAGAACUGUCACCAGGGAAAAUUGUGUAUCUUUGAGCACAGAAAUAGAUGAUGUCAAUGAUACCUUGUUAAAGGAUUCAUUCAGAAGGCAAAGUGAUAAUCUCCAAGUUAAAUCCCCAAGUUGCUGCAACAGGACAAAGCCUGGGGCUUGAAAUGCUGCUGAGUGUCCCAAGUACUUGGGCCACAGUCAUGCUUUCCCAGGUGCAUUAGGAAGUUAGAUCAGCGUUUUGACACUCCUGUGACUAAGAAAGGCUGGCUUCUCUGCUGCAGCACAACACCAUCCCUGUUGGUACCAUUUUAAAAGUGGUUGUGGAGUCUAUGGUUAACAAUCCUGGUUUUUCUGGCUGUGUUACAAAACUGAGGAACCAGGGAAGGGGUUAGGGGGACAACAAAUUAGGGGACUGAGGAGCAUGUGGAUUAUGUCCAGGAAGGCAUUCGUAUAUUAGAAGUGUGGAUUAGGCAUGGAAAGGGAAAGUCUCCUAACGCAUGUCACCUUUGUUAGGAGUAUCUAUAGAAAGGGGCCUUUGUGGCAUGCCCACCUGUCCACUGUCAUUCAGACUGCCUCUGUGGUGACAUUGCUAUUAACAGCUAGGAGCUUGAAAUGACCACUUCCAUUCUUUGUUCACAAUUGUUCACAAUCAGCAAUUUUAUUGUUUUGCAAUGGAAAAGGCAUGUUUUGAAAGUUACAAAUUUGGGGACUGUGCUGUGGCAUAUCAGGUUAAGCCACUACCUGUAAUGCUGGUGUCCCAUAUGGUUGCUGGUUCAAGUCCCAGUUGCCCCACUUCUGAUCCAGCCCCCUGCUGCCUGGGAAAGCAGUGGAAGAUGGCCCAAGUGCCUGGGCCCCUACACCCACAUCAGAGAUGGAGAAGCAGCUCCUGGCUCCUAGCUUCGGAUUGGCUUAGCUCUAGCGGUUAGGGAGUGAACCAGCGGAUGGAAGAUCUGACUCUCCUCUUUUACUCUGUCUUUGAAAUAAGUCUAAAAAUAUAUACAUUGUUUUUAAGAAAGUUACUUUGGAAUCCCAGCAACCAUUAUUUAGACACAUUAAUGAACUUUUGCUCACAUGUAAAAUGGUAGACUGGGUGAGCAUCUUCAAAGAGGGUUCUGAAAUGUUUGAUUCUGGAUAUUUGCAUAUUUAUAAUAAUGUAAUGGGACCCAAGUCUAAACAUGGAGCUUAUGUUUCAUAUCUUUAUGCACACAGCCUGAAGGUAAUUUUAUACAGUAUCUUUAGUGCACUUGUGUAUUUUGGCUGCCACCUUCAUUUGGGGGAUCACAUUGGUGCAUUUUGGAGUAUCGUCAUUUAUAGUAAUCUCCAAUAUUCAGUUCCCGUUAAAUAAUUUUCAGCUCUGUUUUCAGCCCUGGUUUUCAUUUUGUUCAUGGGCCAUGGGGAGAUUGGCCCCAGUUUUCCAUUUUUCAUAGUUUCUCAUAGCUCAGCUUUUAAUGUAGUUGCCUUAAUGGCCAGUAACCACCUGCUCUUCCUGGGUUAGUGCAGUUCUUGGUUAGAUGAAGGUUAAAGGAUGAAAUUGAGUACAGUACUAUAGAACACGAUUGAUUUCAUAGGAAAUAGUUGAUACGGACGUAAAGAUGGUGACUGAGAAGUAAAAAGGUGGUUUCACUCGCCUUUCAUACUGCACCUUAAGAUUCUGCAGCUGUUUAUAUGUCCACCUAAGUGCUUGCAUAUUUCUGGUGAAUAAAGGAACUGGAAAAACUGCCACUAUUUAAAAACAGGCAUGCCACCCUCCGUCUAUGGCUAACGCCCGCCGGCGUUUGUUCUUGCCUGUUGUCAGCCCACGUGGGCCACUGAGCAGCGUUUAUUGGCCGGCUUUGCUCCACGAGCGGCGGACGUGGUAGCUGGGCUCGUCUGUAGCCGAUAACUCGGUGCCGGUGACGUCAGCCAAUGUUCAGUCCUCGCGCCGGCGGCUCCCUCCACCUGCCCCGACGGCGAGGGGCGGGGCGGGCCCGGCGCGGAGGCGUCACGCGCUCCAUGGUAACGACGCGCGGCCCGAAGAUGGCGGCCGGGUGCAGGGGAGCCGCAGAUUACGCGUGUCCAGGCCCGGGCCGGAGCCGGUGGCGGCGCGGCGGCCCUCUGUGGGUCCGAGGCGUCUUACUGCUGUUAGGCGGGCUCCCGACCAGCGUCACAACUCUUCCUGUCUCCUUGGGCAGUGCCCCUCCCUGCCGGCACCACGUCCCCUCUGACACCGAGGUCAUAAAUAAGGUUCAUCUUAAGGCAAAUCAUGUUGUGAAGAGGGAUGUUGCAGAGCAUUUAAGAAUCAAAACUGUGUAUGAUAAAAGUAUUGAAGAGUUGCUUCCUGAGAAAAGAUAUCUUGUAAAGAACAAACUUUUCCCACAAGCUAUUUCUUAUCUAGAGAAGACUUUCCAGGUUCGUCGACCUGCUGGCACUAUCUUACUUAGCAGACAAUGUGCAACAAACCAGUACCUACGGAAGGAAAAUGACCCUCAUAGGUACUGUACUGGAGAGUGUGCCGCACACACCAAAUGUGGUCCAGUCAUAGUGCCUGAGGAGCAUCUCCAGAGAUGCAGGAUCUGCCGUGGGGGUAAGUGUUCCCAUGAAGCAGUGGGUGUGCUGGACCAGGAGGGCAUCAAGGAUGCAGACUUUGUUCUUUAUGUUGGUGCUCUGGCCACUGAGAGGUGCAGCCAUGAAAACAUCAUCUCAUAUGCGGCCUAUUGUCAGCAGGAAGCACAAAUGGACAGGCCAAUAGCAGGAUAUGCUAACCUGUGUCCAAAUAUGAUCUCUACCCAGCCUCAGGAGUUUGUUGGGAUGCUGUCCACGGUGAAACAUGAGAUUAUUCAUGCCCUGGGUUUCUCUGCCGGGCUGUUUGCAUUCUACCAUGAUAAAGAUGGAAAUCCUCUAACUUCAAGGUUUGCAGAUGGUCUCCCACCUUUUAAUUACAGUCUUGGAUUGUAUCAAUGGAGUGAUAAAGUAGUUCGGAAAGUGGAGAGAUUAUGGGAUGUUCGAGAUAAUAAGAUGGUUCGUCACACUGUGUAUCUCCUAGUAACACCUCGUGUUGUUGAUGAAGCACGAAAACAUUUUAACUGUCCAGUUCUGGAGGGAAUGGAGCUUGAAAAUCAGGGUGGUAUGGGCACUGAACUCAACCACUGGGAAAAGCGGUUGUUAGAGAAUGAAGCAAUGACUGGUUCUCAUACCCAGAACCGAGUCCUCUCUCGAAUCACUCUGGCAUUAAUGGAGGACACUGGCUGGUAUACAGCGAAUUAUAGCAUGGCUGAGAAGUUAGACUGGGGCCGAGGAAAGGGCUGUGACUUUGUCAAGAAGAGCUGUAAAUUCUGGAUUGAUCGGCAGAGACAAGAGAGACAGACGCUGAGCCCCUACUGUGACACACUCAGAAGUAAUCCGUUGCAGUUAACUUGCAGACAGGACCUGAGAGCAGUUGCUGUGUGUAAUUUGCAAAAGUUUCCUAAACCUUUACCACAAGAGUACCAGUACUUCGAUGAACUCAGUGGAAUCCCUGCGGAAGAGCUGCCUUAUUACGGUGGUUCAGUAGAAAUUGCUGACUACUGUCCUUUCAGUCAGGAAUUCAGUUGGCAUUUAAGUGGUGAAUAUCAGCGCAGCUCAGACUGUAGAAUUUUGGAAAAUCAACCAGAAAUUUUUAAAAAUUAUGGUGCUGAAAAGUAUGGACCUCAUUCAGUUUGUCUAAUUCAAAAGUCAGCAUUUGUCAUGGAAAAGUGUGAGAGGAAGCUGAGCUACCCAGACUGGGGGAGUGGAUGCUAUCAGGUUUCUUGUUCUCCGCAAGGUCUGAAGGUUUGGGUCCAAGAUACUUCAUAUUUGUGUAGUCGUGCCAGACAGGUGCUCCCUGUCAGUAUUCAGAUGAAUGGCUGGAUUCACAAUGGAAACCUGCUGUGCCCAUCCUGUUGGGACUUCUGUGAGCUCUGUCCUCCGGAAACAGAUCCUCCAGCUGCUAACCUGACCCGGGCUCUCCCACUGGAUCUCUGUUCGCGUUCCUCCAGCCUGGUGGUCACCCUCUGGCUUCUGCUCGGCAAUCUGUUUCCUCUGCUAGCUGGAUUUCUGCUCUGUGUGUGGCACUAGGAGCGGAGAGUGAACUCUCAAGGUGGUUCUCUAUGUCCUGUUCCUGUGGAACAAAGCACAAGAUCUGCGACGUGCCAGCCUGCAGAGGCAGAAGUGGCGUUGCUGACCUCGACUUGGAGGUGUUGACCCCGUGGGAGCUGGAGGCAGAGCUCCAUGGCAGCCACUUCUCUGCAGCAGCCCGGCGCCCUGGAGCUCAGGGAAGGAGAAGGUUCCGAGCCACCAGGUCUGGAUUUUUCAGGAUACUUCAUCUUCCUGAAAUUCCCCUUGGAAAGUGGGAUGUUGGUGGGAUUUUCAGAGUGAUCACAUACCUCAGCGUUUCCAUUUAAAUAGAACAAUGGGAAAGUCCCUCACCAACACUGCAGCAGCUGAAACAGCAGCUGAUUUGUAUGAGACUCUAAGUUAGGGAUCCCGUCCUCCAAAGUAUACAUUGCCCUUCGAUUUAUGGAAAUGAAUUGGAUUGGGAUUUCCACGUCACUGUAUACACCAAGUUUAAAUGUAAUGGCUGUACACGGUACACGUAAGUCAUUGGCCUUUUACAGUGUUUGAAGCGUUGUAAGUGAUGGUUUGCUAAAUCUCAUGAUUUACCGUGCUUGCCUUUCUUGCGGAACGGCAGGUCCGCUGCUGAACUCCUGUCAGUGCUGCUGUUGGCCCUGUGCUCGGCGACCUGCAAUGCUCAGCUUCCGUUGAUUCUCCAUGCGUUUCCUCAUGACUUGAAAAACAAUGGAAGCAGAGCGAGUAUAAAUGUUAAAGACAUGCAAACAGGAGAAAACAGAACUGUAUGUGUUUUAUAUAAUAGUUAGGACAGCUGUAAUCCCACAAAAACAGAACUAUUCUUGUUUGACCAAUGAUGAUACAGAGAAAAUUCUGGUAUAGACAGGUAUGCGGUUAGUUUCAAGUGAGCUAAGAAAGUGUUAUGAAAGAAUUUUUAAUAUCUCAAAGUUAUUUUAUGUAAAAGAAGAUAGAUAUAAGUCAAAACAGCAUGGUCUGAGGUAACUAUUAGCAGAUACAGUUUUGGGGUAGGCUUCUCCUUAGGGCCCACUUCACACAGCAUGCAAGCAUCGCAGGCCCACAGAAGUUGGAAAGUCGUCUUUGCUUUAAAUGUCCUUUACCUCCUGUGUUUGACACUCCUCGCUGCCACACGGGUUCUCUGAAUCAGGUCUACUCUGUUGUCAGAGCUUACCAGCUCUAUCUAGUAAGGCCAGUUUGAAGUUCUUUUUUAAACUUUGAGAGACGGAAAGACAGAUGAAGCUAUCAUCCCAUGAUGCAGGCAUCCCAACCAGUGCCCUAACUGCCAGGCCAAACACCUACCCUUUGAACUCUUUUAAUGAUAGUGAAGCCCAAGUUUUCUCUGUUAAGCUAAUGAAGUCCUGUGGCAGUCAAAAAACAGUCCCUAGACAAGCUUCCCGCUCCCCACCUCGCCACAUCCUUUUCUUCCAUUCUGCAUGUAGCGACUGAAUGCUGCACUUAAGAAUGGUGGUAACUGAACAAAGCAGCACAAUCACGAAGGAGUAAUUCCGCCGGACCCUUUGGCACUGGAGCCAAACAGCAGCCCAACAUAAAGGAAAGUCACUUUAAAAAAUGCGGAAAUUUAACACACGUACUUGCACGCAGCUGUAAAUGGCAGGGAUCCCAUCAUGCAAGGCCGGGCGUCUCAGACACAGCUUUAGCUCAAGAGAAGCUGAUCGGAGCGGUCUGCAGGCUGGUAGUGCUCAGUUCUGCUUAUGUCGCGCAUCCUUGAAAUUGUGCAAGGUCAGAGACAAGUGAGGGUGUAUUCUUAAAGGAACUUAUAACCAUCUAGACUUACGUACUUACUAUGGUUGUGAACCAUCCUACAAAGUUAUACAAAGAGUUUCACCAAAAAUACAAUGGAUUAAUAAUAUAUUUGAGAUUCACAGCGAUAGGUUCAACUAUAUUUUGACUGUUGUGCAGUAAUGCCAUUUAGAUAAUAUUGUUUCUGAGCAUGGUGCUUUUUAUACUUGAAAUAUAUUUUUGCUUUAUUUUUAUUGAUAUAUUUGCACUAAUGACUUUCUGGAGAAAAUAUUCUAGAUGACCUUUUUUGUAUAUGUAUUUAUUAAGCUUGGAACCCGGUAGCCCAGUAUUUUGUCUGCACAAACGUGAAACUUGAUGAAGUGUGAUGUCAGGAAACCCUGAGUUCCUGAGGGACCCCCCACCUACCCACAGCGAGCUCGCGCUGACUCUGCAUGGUGUGCUCAGGACGACUGAGAAGGACACUGGAUUUUAAGAGGCACGUUUGUAAUCACAUGAAAUAUGACAGUGGAGCAAAGACUUUUAAAAUCUGAGAUCACAGGGCGGAAUGAUAGGACAGCUGCAAACUGCAGAAUUUUCAACGACUGAAACGUUGGUAUCCCGUGACAGGUUAGGCCUCUUCAUGUUUGCAAAGACAAAUGCAGUUCCCUGUGUAAGCGAGAGUGAGCAGGCUGCAGCAGAGACGGGGCAGGGACGGACAACAGGCGCCGCUGCCUUGGGACCAGAGGCUGGAGUCCCGUCGUGACUUAGCAAGGGUCAAGUGCAUAUGAAAACUGACUACCUCAGUUUUCCGUUCAGAAUUAGGUUCAUUUUGAUCCUUUCAAGGUCCCAAUUGUCAAAAAUAUCAAAUGAGGUUUUCUCAGGUUUUCAAGAACAGAACUUAGAGAAGGAAGUAAAAGCCAUGUCAGUAGCCUUGUGCUGACAGCUUUAACGAAACUGGCUAGCAGUUGGGUCAUCUUAAUGGAGAUCCCACUGCUAAUCUCCUGGAAACAUCCUGUGUUUAAGAAAUAACCUCAAAUCAGUACCCUUGACAUUUCCCUGUAGGACACUUGUUUUUGUUAAGAUCAAAUAGACAUUCUAGCAAUGUUAUAAAUUAUGCCUAAAAUUAGUCUUCAGCUUAGAUUGGCUUAGAAUUUAUUGAUAUUUGAAGUUGAACCCAAUUUUAUGAGAUAUAAAUAGUUAUAGGAAGAUACAUACAUAAGGACACCAGAGCAUUCCGAGAAAUGUUAGCAGUCCUCCCCUCAGCGAUGGAAGACCUGGCGAUCAGGGCCCUCUGUGAAAUGACAGGCUGGCCUCUCAGAAUCCUUCCCGCUCGGCAUCCUGUGGCGAGUCCUCGUGCCGGCCUGCCCCUCACUGCUGGCUCUGAGCCGCCUCCCGGAGUGUGCCGGCAUGCGUGUUGUGUCCGCUGCAGUGUCUUGUGCACUGUGCCUGCCAGCGUCCAUGUCCUGGGGCCCUGCAUGGACAGAGAGCCCGUCUCUGAGGGCCGUUCAGUGGUCCCAGCAGGUGGGGAGGGGUUUGGUCACCGUAUCACAGUGGGCACAGCCAUUCCUGCCUUGACCUGCAGCCCAGGAGGACUAACGUGUUUUUAAAAGUCUGCUGUCGUUCUAAAAAAAAAACUGGCUUGAAAGGAAGAUUGUUUUUGUUUUUGUUUUGUACUUUGUGUCAGGGUUGGGGAAGGAGUGGUGAAUUGUUUUCUUUUAUGUUUACAUUUUUAAUAAGUAAAGUAGAAGAUUUAAGAAUUAAUCUUUAUUUAUGAUAUUGAACUUCAAGUGUAAUAUAUUCCUUAGAAAAACACAGUUUUAAUAAAAGAGAAAACUUA